AAGUUAACAUUCAGUCUGCAUUGGUCGGUCGUACCUGUGAUACCUUGGUGACUCCAUGAUGUUACAUAUCGCAAAUUUCAGAGUUUACUUAUUAUUUAUAAAAACUUUUUGUUCAAUAGUUAUUACUGGAGAAAUAGUAGGUGCUUAUGAAGUUCCUCCUGCUAUUAUCGUACCACUAAAGCCUGUUGGUUUCACGGUAUCCGUUCCAGAUCACCCUGGCAUAACACUUUUUGCAUUUCAUGGCAAUAUAAAUAAAGAUUUUGAACAUGGUCGCGAAGCCGGUGAAAUGGCAGUCGAUGUUCUUAGGAAAAAGAAUGGAUUUUGGACCUACACAAACAGAGACAGAAAGCUGAAAGAAGGUGACAUCAUUUACUAUUGGCUGUAUGUGAUAAAAGAUGGCUUAGGGUAUGAACGAUUGUUCCAGAGCUAUAUGGUUGACGGAUUUGGAGAACCAACAUCGACAAGUACGACCACUACAACAACAACUACAACCACCAGAAAACCACCUCCUCGUACCACCAGUGUCCCACCGCAGUCAGUGACUGACUUUAUUGACAUUCGCAAUCCCGGAGCUGGCCCGUGUAAACUAGGCAUCACUACAGUGAAUGGGGAGAGAGCUUGCCAAGGCUACUUGAUAUUCGAUUCGGAUUUCUCACAAGAAAUCGGAAGAAAUUGGACGAAGGAAGUUCACUUCAAUAGAGAUGAGAGUGAGUUUGUAGUAUUUGAUCGGAGAGAAACUAACAGUUAUAUCGAGUCCAAUCACCUAACUAUACAACCGACCUUAUUAGAUGAUGAAUAUGGAGCAGACUUCACUAGGAGAGGGCCUCUUGAUCUCACUGAACGGUGCACAUCUCACGACCCAUUGCUAUGCAAGCAGGAUACAAUUGGCUUCUCAAUACUUCCUCCAGUCAUAUCUGCUAGACUCACGACUAAGGAUCGGUUCUCAUUUAAAUAUGGAACUGUUGAUAUCAGAGCCAAGCUUCCGAAAGGCAACUGGGUAGUACCAGAAAUAUGGCUCCUCCCAAAAGCUCAUAGACCUUACGGAUCAGACAAAUCUGGCAGAAUCGUUAUUGCCAAAUCAAUUGGAAAUGCCCUUCUCACAUAUGAUGACAUUCCCUUGGGUAACAGUGUUCUGACUGCUGGCCUAGAAGUGAAUGAGAAGACUAACAAAACAUUCCGCAAAAUAACGUAUAAUGGACUCUGGUCUGAACGUUUUCAUAACUUCAAGCUUGACUGGACUCCAUCUGGAGUAAUAUUUUAUGUUGAUAAUGAGCCCUAUGGUACUUGGGAGGGAGACAGAGAGCCAUUACUGAAAGGAUACGGUCCCGUCUCACCCUUCGAUCAGGAGUUCUAUCUAUCUCUUGGCAUACACGUUGGAGGAUACUAUGAUGUUAUCAAUGGGGCUGUUAGCGGAGGACGGGAAAAGCCUUGGAGCAAUUCUCAUCCUAAGAGACUGUUUUCCUUCUACCAAGAUCUCAAGAACUGGCAUGCUACUUGGAAUGAUCAAACUAAAUUGAAAAUCGAUUACAUAAGAGUAUACAGUCAGUGUGUAUCAGCAACAGAAAUGUCUCAGAUUGUACUUUGUUUGAGUUUAUGUAUUCUGUGUUUACUAACUGUUUGUAGUGAAUCCAGUGCGAAUGACGGCUAUGAAGUACCGCCCGCAAUUAUUUAUCCAUUGAAACCGCGCGGAUUACAAGUUUCCAUACCAGAUUACGAAGGUGUCACUCUAUUCGCAUUCCACGGAAAAGUCAAUGAAGAUUUCGAGCACGGCAGAGAGGCCGGUCAAAUGUCAGUUGAUGUCCUGAGGAAACGGAACGGAUACUGGACCUACACAAAUCGGUCAAUUCGACUGAAGAAAGGUGACAUCGUCUACUACUGGCUGUAUGUCAUAAAGAAUGGCUUGGGCUACGAGAGAUUAUUUCAAAGCUUUGAAGUAAAAGAAUUCUACGAAGAGAAAGAAAUUGUUCUACCGGGCCCAACAACUCCGAUUCCUACAGAGAAGCCAGAAUGUCAAACUGUCCCGUCAACAGUGACUCCUCCGAUCCCAACUACCAUUAUUGAUCCAAUUCCAACUGAUCUUCCAGAACUUCCAGAAUCAAUGCUCAGUCCUCCGACCUUAACAACAGCUCCCAAUCCACCCCCGAAUCCACAAAUCACCAGCAGGCCGGAGGUAACCGAUGAUAAAAUCUACUUUCCCACCAACCCUCCACGGAGGAAAACAACACUGAUUGAUAACAGAAUUAAAGGGGAAGACAGUUGUUUCAAAUCAAUCACUACAGUUAGGGAGAAGGAAGUCUGCAGAGGUGCUCUGAUAUUCAGCUCAGAUUUUUCAAACGGAAUCGGACGCAACUGGACACAUCAAAUACACUUCAAUAAUGAUGAAAGUGAAUUUGUAGUGUUCGAUAACAACCCAUCAAACAGCUUCACUGAGUCAAAUCAAUUGAUUAUAAAGCCUACAUUCCUGGACGAUCAUUAUGGUGAUGAUUUUACACUGAAGGGGCCACUAGAUCUUACCUCCAAGUGUACAUCGCGAGAGCAGCUAUGCGUGAAAGAGAGGACUUCAUUCUCCAUCCUUCCGCCGGUGAUGUCAGCUAGACUCACAACCGAAGAACGCUUCUCAUUCAAGUACGGAGUUGUGGAAAUCAGAGCUAAACUGCCCAGUGGUGACUGGGUGAUUCCCGAGUUAUGGCUUCAACCUAAGAGCUUUCCCUACGGAGUUCCAAAUGCUGGAAAAGUGAUUCUGGCUAAAUCGAUUGGAAAUACUGAACUCACGUUUGAAGAAGAAUCGAUCGGCAGUAUUCUACUCACUAGUGGUCUUCAAGUCAAGGACAAAACUAAGACAUUGAAGAAGUUGAAAGAUACAGGAUUAUGGACUGACGAGUUUCAUGUGUUUAAACUGGAGUGGACUGACAGGAAAAUGAGUUUCUACGUCGAUGAACAACAUCUGGGUGACUGGAAUGGAACAAAUCCUAUUCUUCUCGAGGGUAACGGACCAUUCUCCCCCUUUGACGAAGAAUUCUACAUUUCACUUGGAAUACAUGCUGGAGGCUUUGGAGAUAUUCCUGAUGGAGCUUUGAGCAAAGGUCGACUGAAGCCGUGGAAAAAUUACGAAGUUAGGAGGCUGAAGAAAUUCUAUGACGAUAUAAAAUCCGGACAAAUUUCAUGGAGUGACCAGACAAAGAUGCAAGUGGAUUACGUGAAAGUUUGGGCAUGUGAAAAAGGCUUAACACUUUUCGCCUUCCAUGGAAGGAUAAACGAGGAAUUUGAACAGACAGACGAGGGACAAUUCUCAGCUGACGUGCUGGGACCGGACCCAAUCGGAUUCUGGACCUACACCAACCGCGAAGUCCAUUUGAAAAUUGGUGACGUCAUUCAUUACUGGAUUUAUGUUGUGAAGGAUGGAGUCGAAUAUGAAAGGCAACAUCGCGAACGAUCAAAUCUCGGAUCUCUCUUGUACGAUCAACUUGACCUACGAGUAGCAUUGACUUUUGAGAUGUCAUAUUAUAAUAUUGGUUGCGUGAGUUUUAUUUGCUUAAUAGUUCUUAUAAAUACAGUUACUAGUUAUGAAGUUCCGACAGCAAUUAUCGAAGUUUUGCAGCCCAAAGGAUUCAAAGCAUCCAUUCCAGAUGAAGAAGGCAUGACACGUUACGCCUUUCAUGGAAGAAUAAACGAAGAAUUUGAACAGACAGACGCGGGCCAAUUCGCAGCUGAUGUUCUCAAGCCAUCAUCGAAAAAUGACGGAUUCUGGACCUACACCAACCGGCAUGUCAACUUGAAAAUUGGUGACGUCAUUCAUUACUGGAUACAAGUUGAGAAGGAUGGAGUGAGUUAUUCAAGGGUAUCUCUAUCAUAUGAAGUGAAAGAUAACAAAACAUGUGAUCGCACAGCUGAGUUCCACUGCAGGAAUGACAAGUGCAUACCUAAAAUAAAAUUGUGUGAUUUUGAUGAUGAUUGUGGUGAUAACUCAGAUGAACCAGCUUACAUGUGCGGUCGAAGAAAUUGCACCAAUGGUUUGCUGCGAUGCCCAGGACUAAACAAUUACAGAUGCAUACCAGAGCUAUUAUUCUGUAAUGGUAAAAACGACUGCAAAGACAACAGUGACGAAUUGACCGAAAAUUGUACUACAGUCAACCAGAAAAAGCCGCAUAACAACACUGGCAUUGAAAUAUCGGCGAUUGAAAAUUCUUCCCAUCCAUCAACCAAUGAUCAAAACCUUGAUUAUGAACCACAUAAUAAAGAAGUUGUUGAUAUUCGGAGUCAAGACUCUAAAAAAUGUUCGAAGUCCAUAACAACAGUGAAUGGAAUGUCUGCAUGCAGCGGCUAUUUGAUAUUUGAGACAGAUUUCUCUUUUGGAAUUGGGGAAAAUUGGACAAAUGAAGUUCGAUUCAAUUCUGAUGAGAGUGAAUUUGUAGUUUUCGACAACAACACGUCAAAUUUCUUCAGCAAAUUUGGCUUUCUGAAUUUGAAGCCAGCGUUGUUAGAUGAGUAUUAUGGAGAGGGCUUCACAUUGAAUGGAACUCUCGAUCUGGGUGCAAGGUGCACAUCUCGGGAGCAAGUUUGCGACAGAACAAGGACUGGGUUUUCGAUUCUACCUCCAGUGAUGUCAGCUAGACUCACGACUGACUCGAGUUUCUCUUUCAAGUAUGGAGUUUUGGAAAUGAAAGCUAAGCUUCCCAGGGGCGAUUGGGUUAUUCCCGAGCUGUGGCUUCAACCCAAACGGCACAGUUAUGGUUAUAGAAAUUCUGGAAAAAUAGUUCUGGCAAAGUCAAUUGGUAAUCCUUCGCUCACCUUCAAUGGCAAAGAUAUCGGAAACAAUUUACUGACAUGUGGACUUCAAGUCAAAGAUAAAACACAAACAUUCGAUAAGUCGAAGGAGGGAGGACUCUGGUCUGACGAUUUCCACAUCUUCAAGCUUCAAUGGACUGACAAGAAAAUUUCCUUCUUCGUUGACAAUGAGGAGUUGGGAGAAUGGGACGGAAAACAUAAUCCUCUACUUGAAGGGCACGACUCACUAUCUCCUUUUGAUCAAGAAUUUUACUUACUACUUGGAGUGCACGUUGGAGGCUACCUUGAUAUUCCUGAUGGGGCUUUAAGUAACGGUCGCCCAAAACCUUGGAGAAAUACUGACCCUAAGAGAAUGAUAAGAUUCUUCGGAGACCUCAAAAACUGGCACGCUUCAUGGAAUGACAAAACCAAUUUACAGAUUAAGUACAUACGAGUCUAUGCUAUCUAG